AUGGAUCGCCGCCGUCUGCUUUCACAAAAAGAGCUGGAAGCGCUUAUUGAAGAUAUUGAAGAAAUCUCAGAGUCGGAACCAUUUUCUGCUGACUCGAGUGGCAAUUUCGAUGAAGAAGCAGGCAGUGAUACGUCCGAUAUAUCUAACUCAGACAUCGAUUUUGCGCCUUCACCACAGGUAACUGUUGGUACAAACCAAGGUCUUGACUCGGUCAUUCCUGAUGAAACAUUUGAGCCUGCUCAAAUCCUUCCUCCUGAAAGAGAAUGUAAGCUAGCUCCAGAUAUCACCACGCAGUUCACACCUAUGCAGGAUGUUCAUAAAGUAUUUCCUCAUUCUCUUUAUUUGCACAUUGCAAAUUCUACAAAUGAACGCCUAAAAAUCCUAAACCAAUUAAAAAGGAGGAAUGAGAACAUGACUGAUAAAGGAGAAAUACAGAAGUUAAUUAGCUACUAUGCAGCCUUGGGAACUUGCAUGUCCAAUCGCAAGAAUGUACCAUCUAUGGGAGACAAACUGCAAGAAGGGGAAUCUCAAUUCCGAUGCACUUCUUCGGGAUUACUUUGUGUAAAGUGGCAGGAAACAAAGGAAGUUUUGCUGAUGAGUAACUGUCAUAAGCCCAAUUUGACAACAAUUAGCAAAAGAGCAAAACCGGUGAACAACAAAAUGUCCAAUGUCCAGAGGCCAUAUCUUUUUACAGAAAAAAAAUGUAAGGGGUUGAUCGGGCAGAUCAAUCCACUGGGCUAUAUGAUCAUGACCGAAAAUCAGCAAAGUGGUGGAUAA